CGAACAGGUAACAAAAUGAAUUUCUCAAAAUUUAAGGUUAAUAAAGUUAUUUCAGAAAAGUUUGGGUGGUAAAUUCGGUCGGGCUAAAUUCUCUAUGCCUCUAUCCCUACAUUUGAAACUCCAUUGAACCCUUCCAAGACUUCAACAAACUCCAGGUUAUGGAAUUCUCAGAACCCAUGAGUGCAGAGGAGACAAUUCAGAUGAAUACUGGUCCCAAGAAACCCCGUAUUUUACUUGCUGCAAGUGGAAGUGUGGCUGCCAUAAAGUUUGGGAAUCUUUGCCAUAGUUUUUCAGAGUGGGCAGAAGUAAGAGCAGUGGCCACAAAGGCCUCUCUGCACUUCAUUGAUCGAGCAUCACUUCCUAAGGAGGUUAUUUUUUAUACUGAUGAGGAUGAAUGGUCCAGCUGGAACAAAAUAGGUGAUAGUGUACUACACAUUGAGCUCCGCCGCUGGGCUGAUAUAAUGGUUAUAGCCCCAUUGUCUGCCAACACACUUGGCAAGAUAGCUGGAGGAUUGUGUGACAAUCUGCUGACAUGUGUUGUGCGAGCAUGGGACUAUAGCAAACCACUUUUUGUUGCACCUGCUAUGAACACUUUCAUGUGGAAAAAUCCUUUCACAGAGCGGCACCUUAUGUCCAUUGAUGAACUCGGAAUUUCUCUCAUCCCACCGGUCACAAAAAAGCUAGCUUGCGGGGAUUAUGGAAAUGGCGCAAUGGCUGAACCUUCUUUGAUCUAUCAAACUGUUAGACUCUUCUGUGAGUCAAGGAAUCAGUUGGCUGAUCCAAGAGUUGGUUAAUUUUGCAUGUGGCAUUGAAUGCUCAAUUUGUGGGUGUGUUACUAAUCGUUGUUCUUAAUAAUGUUUUAAAUAGUGGAUCCAGGUAUCCAUCUUGUACAUUUGGACAAUACCCGCAUAAUUGUUGUGCUGAUUGUACUUACAUGCUAAAAAAUGUUACAUUGUAGAAGAAUAACAUCUCUUAGCUAUCUCUUUGCUUCCUGAA